AGCUCAACACGAAACACGUAAUAUUUUCUCUGAAUGAGAGACGAUUCCGUCUUUUUCCGUCUUAAUUCCAGGGUUGCAACAAACCAAACCGUUUGAUAAUCUGUAUAAACCUCAGGUUCCACCAACUAACACGCACUGGGAGUUGCAGGUCGCUACCCUUGAACAAUAUGGCCGGUGCACUGUAGUGACCAAUGUGACCUCCCCAUGUAUGCAUUUAUUGCCUCUUAAGGGCUUUUUCGACCUCACACAUAUUGAGUGUGGUUAGUUUACUCACUAAAUCCUUAUAAAGUCUUUUAAAGUCUUCAGCAGCACAUGCAUUAAAUCAGUCACCACUGGAUGGUCAAUGUCUGUAUACAAGAGGAAAAAGAACACCUCAAAUGCUCUUAAUCAGCCACACAGAUUUUUGAAUCAAACUCAGAGUUGACUUUAAGGACAUGUUUUGUUUUGUUUUUCUGUGUGUCAGCUCGUCCUUUAAAAACAUUUUUAUGUCUUAGAGUUUUUGUAUGUUUCUCAUAUGUUGCAACACACCAGCUACUUCCUCCUGCUGUUUCACCAUUUGUGCUUCCUCAAAAGUCUGAACAAAUGAGGCUCAUGUGUAAGUUCAAUAAGAAACAUCUAUAGUCACACAUCUGUCUGGUUCCCAAGUUUUUGGUGACUAAUCCAAGCUUUAGAUCACUUCCACUUUGCCACUCUGUCAAGCUCGUUGCAACAUCACCAGUCUAGUGCAACUAUCAUUCUGCCUGUAGCAGAAAUAUCGCCCAGCAUGUGCACAGUGUGAGACGAGUGUAUGAUAGUCUUGGUCUUUCAAAUCAUACAUCAGUGCAGUGGCUCAGAGCGUCACAGGUUAUACAAAGGAUGAUGUUGUAACAGCUUGAAAAGAUGAAUUUCCCCAAAAAGAGUGUUUGUGACUUCUUUGCCUCCUGUUUUUACUUCUACUCCUGUACCAGGGCUCAUGCUUACGUGGCAACACUUAUCGUGCUGAAGGCAACUUUAGACUUUGAGGAUUGCAGCUGAAGAGGUGUUUGUCACAGCAUCACUCUGAGAAUAGACAAAGCAGCUUUAGAGCUUUUUCACGGGAAGCUGCAGAACCAGAGUGCCAGAUCCAUGGUUGCCCCCAAAACAUGACUUCAUCUUUGAACCAGACCUAUGAUGUUGACGAGACAUCCAUUAACCCAUACUUUAUGGCGGUCUACAGUCUGGUGUUCCUAGUGGGUUUACUCCUCAAUGGCUUUACAUUGAAGGUCUAUCUUUGUCGAGAUUGGCCUAGGGUAUCCAACAGCUUGAUGGUCUACUUGAAGAACCUGACAGCUGCUGACUUCCUGCUCUGUCUCUGUCUGCCACUCCGCAUUACCUACUAUGCCAGCAGCUCUCCCAUCAUUCGUAGGCUGUACUGCAGCUUUGGAGCUUCUGCCUUAUUCAUUAACAUGUAUGCCAGUAUACUAUUCAUGGGGUACGUCGCUGCCAACAGGUAUCUAAGGAUCAUCCAUCCUUCAGGAACUCACAUGCUGCAGUCAGUGCAAACUGCACGAAUCAUCUCUGUCAUCACCUGGGUUUUUCUCCUGGCUCCAACAGUCGUCUAUGUUAUCAUUUUUUUCAGCUCCCAGAAACCUCUGACCUUUAAUCCUAGCCGCUGCGUUCACCUGUUUACUCCAUCAGUCAGCCUGUUGUUCAGAAUUCUCCACACCUUCUCUGCAAUCAUCUUCCUCUUGGUCUUCAUAUCCCUGGUCUUCUUCUACUACAGCAUCUCCCGCAGGGUGUUGCAGGCACAGCAGACACAGCUGGCCUCCUCUGGCACUGAGAAGCUGCUGAAGUCUCGCAGAAACAUGUUGGUGCUGGUCAGCAUCUUCUGUGUUUGCUUUGUCCCCUAUCACCUGGUUCGUCUUCCCUUUGUGUUUCUGUGGAGCGAUGACUCAGUAGGUCCAGUAUUGUUCUACCUGAAGGAGGUGACCACCAUGGUGUCAGUUUUCAACAUCUGCCUGGACCCUCUUGUUUACUUUUUCCUCAGUAACACUUUUUGGGACAAGGUCAGAAAGGCGAGAGCCCAACAUACAACUAGAAACAAGGAGAAUGAGAGCAGGAGGGACAAGCUGGACAUCAUUACAUUAGAACCAGUGACUUCAACCAGUUAGUUGUGAAAAUGUACAUUUAGAUUUCAAUUUUGUUUACAAGUUGAUAAAAUCAGUGUCAUGGACCUUUAUCCUCGCAAACCACAAGUCAGAAAUCCAAACAAAGCUAAAGUCAACACAGAAACAUUUCCACUGAGACGGCAUCAGUGUUUAUGUUUCUAGUUUUCAGGAAUGAGCCCAAAGGCUGAUUUAGUAUGAAUGAACUGAACCAUUCUGUGGUCAAAUUCAAAUGUUCUUCAUAUGGUUCUGGAUCUUUGGCUCACAUGAUUCAAUGAUUUAGUUUUAUACAAUUUAGUAUUACAUUUUACGUUGCUGAGUAUGUUUGCGAAUUUUUAGUUUAUUUGCUUUUGUUUAUUGUUGUUUAUUAGGUUACCUUUGUGCCUUUGUCUUCAUCUAUGUGUCCUUCGCUCCCUCUCUAUCUGUGUGUCUUCUUUGCCCUCCAGCUCCUAGUCGUGUCCUAUCUUUCUGUCUCUCUCUUUUGUUACCAUGCUUCUCCUCCUUGUGUUUCUUUCCUCUUCUCCCCUCUAUGUCAUGUGAAUCCAUGUCUAUUUCUUCAACGAACCCAGUGUCAAGCUGUGUGUCUUAGUCUGCGGCUCAGUGUGUUUCCUGUUUUAUUUUGCACCCUGUGUUCAGUGGGUUCAGUUUUGCUUCCCUCUGUCUCAAGUCUACUGCUUGUGUUCCCUAUCUGUUUCCAUUUCCCUCCCUUCCCCGAAUUUAAAUGUAAAGAGGAACUUUUAUCCCGUUCAGCAGUAAUUUGUACAGUUCAUAAUGAAAAUUAAAGAAAAGACAAUGACUGAAUUCCUUUUGCUUAUGAAUAAAUAACAACAACAUUUAUAUAACCCAUUUUCCUACUUUAGAGUUUUUCAACAAAUAUGUCAAAGUUGUGUUAUGUAAUGUAAAAAUAAGCGUGUGCUUCACGUUUUUGGCUUAAUUAAAGACAAAUGUUUUGA